UUUGACUACAGAAGCUGAGCCAACGAAACGAACUAAAUUUUCUAGAUUUGUUAGCAGAGCAAUGUCGGAAAACGAAUGCUCAUCGGCGUCUAAAAAACGCUGCGGAGUGACCAGUAGUUACCCAAAUCAAUGUGACAAGAAAUCGAAACCUGAUAUAGAAGGCAUUAUCCUGGGAUAUGGUAAUCCUCUACUUGACAUUUCUGUUCAAACUGACACAGAAUAUUUAAACAAAUAUGACUUGAAAGCUGACAAUGCUAUCCUGGCUGAAGACAAGCACAAACCAAUGUAUGCAGAGUUGGUAGAAAAAUACAAAGAUGUUGAAUUUGUGCCAGGUGGAGCUACUUUAAACGUAAUGAGAGUUGCACAGAAAUUAUUAAAAGUUCCCAAGGCAACAUCUUUUCUAGGAUGUAUAGCCCACGACAAAUUCGGAGAAAUUCUCACCAAAGCUGCACAGGAUGCAGGUGUCAAUGUCAAAUUUCAGUACACAGAUAAAGAGCCUACUGGAACAUGUGCAGUUAUUUGCACAGAUAAAAACAGGUCCCUUGUAGCAAAUUUAGCUGCAGCCAAUUGUUUUACAGAAGAUCACCUCGAUGAUCCCGAUAUCUGGGCAACUGUGGAGUCUGCCAAGUAUUUUUACUUUGCUGGGUUUCCUUUGACAGUGUGCCCAGCAGCUAUGCUCAGAAUUGCCAAACAUGCUGCACAAAACAACAAAGUUGUGUCAAUGAACAUGUCUGCUCCAUUUCUCUGCAACUUUUUCAAAGACCCAAUGCUUCAAUUGUUACCCUACACUGACUAUUGGUUUGGUAAUGAAUCGGAAUGCUUAGCGUUUGCUGAAGCUAAUAAGUUAGAAACAACAAAUAUAGAAGAAAUCGCCAAAAAGAUUGCAGGUUGGGAUAAAGUCAACAAGUCAACUCCUAGAACUGUUGUAAUCACACAAGGAAAGGAUCCUGCUAUAUCUGUUGUAGAUGGUAAGGUAAAAGAAUAUCCUGUGAUAUUAAUCAACCAAGAAGACAUUGUGGACUCAAACGGUGCAGGGGACGCUUUUGUCGGAGGGUUUUUAGCAAAACUGGUUGAAGGUGGUUCUCUGGAUGAGUGUGUGGCCAGUGGACACCAAGUUGCUAAUUUGAUCCUACAGAGUACAGGCUGCACUUUCCCUGAGAACAAGCUCAUCAAUUAAUUCCUCUCAUGUUGAUAAUGACAUUCAAAUUGUUCAGCACUUCACUAUGGUUAAGACUACUAUAUAUGUAACUUUGGGCAAAGAUGCUUUUAUUUUUUCCUGGGAUCAAAUAUUUUAAUGCUUCAAAUUUAGCAUAAAAAAUGUAUUAAAAAAUAUAUUCUUUUAGUAGAAUGAGAAGCAAAAUUUUAAAAUUUAAUGGCCAGUAGUGUUAAACCUAACUGAUGAUUAUGUACUAAAAAUCAAGUGAUUUUUUUUUUUUUUUGCUGACUAAUACUCAAGUCAUGAGGCAUUACUUAACUUAGACAUUAUGUGCAUACAAUCCUAGAAUCUAUGUUGAUUUUCAAAUGUUGCUUUUUUACCAUACAAUUUUACAACUGGGCAUGUGGCAUUUCUCUCGUACAAAUUGCCAUUCAAUAUCAGCCUAUUUUAAUUUUAACAAAUUUAAAAUCAAAUUUUGAUGUAGCCAGAACUCAUUGGUGACAAAUUAUUUAAUCAGAAGUCUCAUUUAAGUAAAUAAUUUUGUUGUUGCUUUAGUGCAAUUUUUUAAUAUGGUUAUUUUAUUUUAUUUAAGAACUCUCUGGUCUGGUUUAGAAAGUAGAAUAUCUUACUUCUAUUUUUUUUAUUCCCAUGCCAUUUAAUACACUUCUAUUAUUUGUUACAAAUAUUGUUAAAAAAAUGUAGAUUUAAAAGGUUUUUUUUGUAAACAAUAUACUUAUCCAGUCACAAGCAAUAAGCAAUCUUUCUUAAUUUUUUAAAAUUGCAUUUUACACAUAAUCAACAGUUGUUGGCAAUAAUUGUGCCUUUAAAAGAAAACUUACAAACAAGAAUUUAAAUCAACGUGAAAGGUUAUGUUGUAUAUUCCAGCACCACAUACUAUUAUUAUCUCAUUUAUUUUAGUUAUUGCUUGAAUCCUUCAAACAGCAUUUUUUAUAUCCUAGCAGCUCAUAUUGUAACCAUAAUACAAGAAACGAAACAACUCUCAAAAUCCAUGAGCUUUCUGGACAAGGAAUGAUUUUUAAAAAGAUAAAUUACUAGAGGUGUGUUUAAAACUGGAAUGUUAUAUUUGAAAAAAUGCAUUUUAUUUUGAAUACUGUGUUGAUUUUUAAAUGAUGGUUGUAUAAAUUUGUUAUAUCCUUUUUGGUUGCUGUGUAAUUUUUAUUUUGUAUGUAA